AUGGCUGGAUAUGAAGGUUCUAUUCGGGGUAAUCGGUGUGGAGAGUACCUAUCCGUGGCACAUCAAGUCUGCCAAUCCGUUGAAUACUUUUUGACAGAUGACAUGCUGCUAGCCGGGCCGUUAUCUAUUAGCCCGGCGCUUGGGAUUGUGCUUGAUAGUUUACGGAAUCGAGCUGGCCAUGGUGAAGAAAUUGCGUGGAUUCAAUCAGCUCUGGAGGAAGUUCGGCGAAAAGGACUCCGUGUUCUGCAAGAUGUGAAUUUAUAA